CAAGAAGGAGGAUGCUAAACCAAGGAGGAGAGUGUGUGUGCAUGUGAGGGGGGAGAGGAAAAGGGGUGGAAAGGGAAGAAAGAUAGAUACAGCGCGUGGGGGCGUUUUGCUGAGCUGUGUGUAGGAGGGCAAGCACGUUGCGACUUGCGAAGGCAACAACAAGGAGGCAACGGAGGGAGGAAGGAAGCCAUUCCCCUCUCCUCUUUUUUCUUCUCUCCCCCACACACAUCCCCGCAUUCCCCUCUUCUCCUGAGUCGAGUCGAGCGCCGCCCCCCCCCGCUGAGCGCACUCGCACGCGUCUUCGCUCUGGGAUUCUGAGGGAGGGGAAGGGGGAGGGAGUGGUUGGGGGAGCGAUUUGGGGGGGGGAUCUGGGGGAGUUUAGGGCGGGAGAGGGGUAGGCCAUGGAGGCCAGCGCCGGGCUGGUGGCCGGCUCGCACAACCGGAACGAGCUCGUCGUCAUCCGCCGCGACGGGGAGCCCGGGCAGAGGCCGCUGAAGCAGCACAACAGCAGGGCGUGCCAGAUUUGCGGGGACGACGUGGGGCUGACCCCCGACGGCGAGCCCUUCGUCGCCUGCAACGAGUGCGCCUUCCCCGUCUGCCGCGACUGCUACGAGUACGAGCGCCGCGAGGGCACGCAGAACUGCCCGCAGUGCAAGACCCGCUUCAAGCGCCUCAAGGGUUGCGCGCGGGUGCCUGGGGAUGAGGAAGAGGAGGGCGCCGACGACCUGGAGAACGAGUUCAACUGGAGGGACAGGGACGCCGACUCGCAGUAUGUCGCCGAGUCCAUGCUCCACGCCCACAUGACCUACGGCCGCGGCGGGGACAUCGACGGCGUGCCGCAGCCGUUCAUGCCCAUCCCCAAUGUUCCCUUGCUCACCAAUGGCCAGAUGGUUGAUGACAUCCCACCGGAGCAGCACGCCCUGGUUCCUUCGUUCAUGGGCGGCGGGGGGAAGAGGAUCCACCCGCUUCCUUAUGCUGAUCCAAACCUUCCUGUGCAACCGAGAUCCAUGGACCCGUCCAAGGAUCUCGCUGCAUACGGCUACGGGAGCGUUGCCUGGAAGGAGAGGAUGGAGAGCUGGAAGCAGAAGCAGGAGAGGCUCCAUCAGACGAGAAAUGACGGUGGCAAAGAUUGGGGCGGCGAUGGUGAUGAUGCAGAUCUACCACUAAUGGAUGAAGCAAGACAGCCAUUGUCCAGAAAGGUUGCGAUUUCUUCAAGCCUGAUUAAUCCCUAUAGGAUGAUUAUCAUAAUCCGGUUGGUGAUUGUGGGGUUCUUCUUCCACUACCGGGUGAUGCAUCCGGUGAAUGAUGCAUUUGUUUUGUGGCUCAUAUCUGUAAUAUGUGAAAUCUGGUUUGCCAUGUCUUGGAUUCUUGAUCAAUUCCCAAAGUGGUUUCCUAUCGAGAGGGAGACUUACCUUGACCGGUUGACAUUGAGGUUUGACAAGGAAGGCCAGCCAUCUCAACUUGCCCCAGUUGAUUUCUUUGUCAGUACGGUUGAUCCCUUGAAGGAACCUCCGAUAGUCACAGCAAAUACUAUUCUAUCUAUCCUUGCGGUAGAUUAUCCAGUUGACAAGCUCUCUUGCUAUGUUUCUGACGAUGGUGCUGCCAUGCUGACAUUUGAAGGAUUGUCUGAAACAUCUGAAUUUGCAAAGAAAUGGGUUCCUUUCUGUAAGAAGUAUAGUCUCGAGCCUCGAGCUCCAGAGUGGUACUUUCAGCAGAAGAUAGACUACCUGAAAGAUAAGGUGGAACCGAACUUUGUUAGGGACAGGAGAGCAAUGAAGAGAGAAUACGAGGAAUUCAAGGUCCGAAUCAAUGCCUUGGUUGCUAAAGCCCAGAAAGUCCCCGAGGAAGGAUGGACAAUGCAGGAUGGAACUCCCUGGCCUGGAAACAAUGUUCGUGACCAUCCUGGAAUGAUUCAGGUCUUUCUUGGUCAAAGUGGUGGCCAUGAUGUUGAAGGAAAUGAGCUGCCUCGAUUGGUGUAUGUUUCAAGAGAAAAACGGCCAGGCUAUGACCAUCAUAAGAAGGCUGGUGCUAUGAACGCAUUGGUCCGAGUCUCUGCUGUACUUACCAAUGCUCCAUAUAUGCUGAACUUGGAUUGUGAUCAUUACGUGAACAACAGCAAGGCAGUAAAAGAAGCAAUGUGUUUCAUGAUGGAUCCUUUGGUGGGAAAGAAAGUUUGUUAUGUGCAGUUCCCUCAAAGAUUCGAUGCCAUUGAUCGUCAUGAUCGAUAUGCUAACAGGAAUGUUGUCUUCUUCGAUAUUAACAUGAAAGGUUUGGAUGGUAUUCAAGGCCCCAUCUAUGUUGGCACUGGAUGCGUCUUUAGAAGGCAGGCACUGUACGGUUAUGAUGCCCCCAAAACAAAGAAGCCGCCUUCAAGGACUUGCAACUGCUGGCCAAAGUGGUGCUUUUGCUGUUUCUGCUUUGGUAACAGGAAGAACAAGAAGAAGGUUACAAAAGCUAAAACAGAGAAGAAAAAGAGGUUCUUUUUCAAGAAAGCAGAAAAUCAGUCCCCUGCAUAUGCACUUAGUGAAAUUGACGAAGCUGCUGCAGGUAUCAUUCAACUUCCUUUUCGUGGCUAUUCUAAAAUGCCCUCAUCAGUAAGUUGUAACAUGACUUACAUUGCAAUUUUCUUGGCAGGAGCUGAAACUGAAAAGGCUGGUAUCGUAAAUCAACAGAAAUUAGAAAAGAAAUUUGGCCAGUCUUCCGUUUUUGUUGCAUCCACGCUUCUUGAGAAUGGUGGAACCCUGAGGAGUGCAAGUCCAGCUUCUCUUCUGAAGGAAGCUAUACAUGUCAUCGGCUGUGGCUAUGAAGACAAGACAGACUGGGGAAAAGAGAUUGGCUGGAUCUAUGGAUCGGUUACAGAGGAUAUUCUGACUGGGUUUAAGAUGCAUUGCCAUGGUUGGCGGUCGAUUUACUGCAUGCCUAAACGGGCCGCAUUCAAAGGUUCUGCGCCUCUCAAUCUUUCCGAUCGUCUUAACCAGGUUCUUAGGUGGGCUCUUGGGUCUAUUGAAAUCUUCUUCAGCAAUCACUGCCCUCUUUGGUAUGGGUAUGGUGGUGGACUGAAAUUUUUGGAAAGAUUUUCCUACAUCAACUCCAUUGUCUAUCCUUGGACGUCCAUUCCACUUUUGGCUUACUGUACAUUACCUGCCAUCUGCUUGUUGACGGGAAAAUUCAUCACUCCAGAGCUUAGCAAUCUUGCCAGUGUCUGGUACAUGUCCCUUUUUAUCUGCAUUUUUGUCACGGGCAUUCUGGAAAUGAGAUGGAGUCAUGUAGCAGUCGACGAUUGGUGGAGAAACGAGCAAUUUUGGGUCAUUGGAGGUGUCUCUGCCCACUUCUUCGCUGUGUUCCAAGGACUUCUCAAGGUCAUAGCUGGUGUAGACACGAGCUUCACCGUGACAACCAAGGCUGGAGACGAUGGAGAGUUCUCGGAACUCUACACCUUCAAAUGGACAACACUGCUGAUACCUCCGACCACUCUGCUCCUGCUGAACUUCAUCGGGGUAGUGGCUGGCAUUUCCAAUGCAAUCAACAAUGGAUACGAAUCAUGGGGGCCGCUCUUUGGAAAGCUCUUCUUCGCGUUCUGGGUGAUUGUCCACCUGUACCCGUUCCUCAAAGGUUUGCUUGGAAGGCAAAACAGGACCCCAACAAUCGUCAUCGUCUGGUCCAUCCUUCUGGCUUCGAUCCUCUCCCUCCUCUGGGUCCGGGUCAAUCCUUUCCUCGCCAAGAACGACGGCCCUCUUCUGGAGCAGUGUGGUCUGGAUUGCAACUAGGAGAUCAGAUCAAAUAUGCACGUGAAAAUUCCUCCCCAUCCGUCCGACAAUAUGUGUCCGUUCAAAGGAACAUUUUUGCAGGUGUUUUUUGUGCCCAUAAUUUUUUUCUUUUGCUGUCUCCAUUUCCUCUCCACACCCUGUGUAGAUAUAGAAAACAUGCUGGCGUUGCGUUUUCUUUUGUUGGGUCCGCGGUGGCAGGUCAGCCUCAUAUAUGCAAUAUUGGGCAGACAGGGAGGCUGCGGCAACCUUGUGCAGUUUCGGCGACGAAAAUACAGUCCUUGCCUGUGUUUGGAUUAUUGUUUCAAGCAUUCUUUAUUAGUUUGAGUUUCAUGGA